AGCACUCCUGCUUGCCUAGUACCAUGCCUAGGGGCAACAAGAGCAAGAGCCGCUCCAGGGCCAAAAGACAGCAAGCUCGAGGAGAGAGCCAGAAUCUCCAGGGUGCUAAGCCCACUGCAGAGAAGGAAGCAGCAUCCCCCACUCUUGGCCAGGGAGAUGCCCCAAGCUCCCCUGAUAUCUACACUCCUCAGGGGUCCCAGGAGGCUGCAUCCCAUGGCUCUCCUGAGUUAAAUGUGUCCCACUCAGUUUCUGAUGUCAGUGCUGAGGGUUCUGUUGCAGGUGUUGAUGUGAAGCGUUCAAAUGCUUGCAUUAUAGCAGAAGCCAUCGAUUCUGCACGCAGAGAUCCUCUGAGCAGGAAGGCCAGCAAGAUCCUUCACUACCUGCUGGAGAAGUACCAGAAGGAUGAGCAGCCUGUAGAGGCAGAAAUGCUGAAGCUGAUCAACAGGAAGUACAAGGUGCACUUUCCCUGGAUCCUGGAGAAAGCCACCUACCAGCUGGAGAUGGUCUAUGGGCUGGAGUUGAAGGUUGACCACACUCACUCCUAUGUUCUUGUUAACAAGUUACCUAUCCCCCCUGGGGCAAAACAGGGUGGCAAGAAAGAGUUGCCAAAGACGGGUCUCAUACUGACCCUCCUGGGUAUGAUCAUGAUGAAGGGCAAUCGUGCCACUGAGGAAGAGGUCUGGCAAUUCCUCCAUAUGCAGGGGAUAUAUCCUGGGAGGAGGCACUUAAUCUUUGGGGAGCCCCGGAAGUUCAUCACCAAAGAGCUAGUUGAGCAAAAUUAUGUGGAGUACCGCCAGGUGCCUGGUAGUCAUCCCCCAACCUAUGAGUUCUUGUGGGGUUCUAGGGCCCACGAUGAAACUAUCAAGAUGAAAGUCCUGGAUGUUUUAGCUAAGAUCAAAAAUGCCAUUCCUGGUUUCUACCCUCAGCAGUAUGAGGAGGCUCUGAGUAACCAGGCUGAGAGAGCAGCCAGGAGAGGUGAGGCUUCUGGUCACCAUGGUGCCAGGAUUCCCUCCCAUGCCCAAUCUAGCAGCUCCUCCCACACUUAGCUGGCCCUUGGGUAUAGCUGUCACUGUGCUGGAGAACAGCCAGUCUCCUGAGUAGUGGGGUGUUUAUGGGUAGAAAGGACAGCACUAAGCGAUUAUUUUCCUCUUCUGUUAGGCCUGGGAAAAUAUAAGUUUCUUUGUUACAUUGUUAAUAUUCCUGCAACUGAAGAUUUGUCUCAUAUAUGCUUCUUAACUUUACAUCUGCCACAUUUAUUGCUCUUUGUCAAGUUUAAGAGUAAGAUAUUUGGGAUUUUAAGUUUAUUGGAAAAAUCUUCACAUAUUUCUUCUCAGUAAGUGUAAAACAACAUGGCAUGAGAAAGGGUUUCACAGAAUGUGAUGUGCUACAACUGGUGAAACAAAGUAAAGUGGUCAGUUCA